AUGACUCGCCUCAGCCUCUGCGCCCUCGCCGUGGCUCUCGCCGUGGGCCAAUCCCUGGCCGUGCCCACCACUGUGGAGAACACGGUGCACCCGUACUCCGAGAUGGGCACUUACCAGGAGGGCGAGGCCCCGGGGGCCCCCGACGAGAGCAGCACGACCACGACGACUCCCUCGCCGAGCCCCGAGGCCCCUGACCAGUGGCUGGAGAACUUCGUGCGCGCGGUGCAGCGCCAGCUGCAGCUGCAGGAGUCGAUGAUGAGGCAGCUGGUGAAGGAGAUCCAGGAGUACCUGAGCCGCGCGUUCAACUGGGACGAGAACCAGUCGGCGGCGUACAACCGCGUGAACGAAAUGAUGGACAUGAUCACGAACCGCAUGACCACCGCGCUCGACGGAGCCAACGAACUGAUGGCCACCAGCGAAACCAUGGACCCCGAGACGCUGCGCCGGGCCACCCGCAAGUACAUGAAGGAAGUGCGCGUGCAAGACGUGGUGGUGGACUCGCUGUGGGCUUCGCUGCGCGGCGUGCAGACCAGCGCCUGGAUGAGUGGCGUGACGGCCGUGGAAAAGGAAGAGACCACCCCCAUGGCGGGCCGCGCAGCCGAGGAGUUCAUGCACAGGAUGUACCACAACUUGCGGGCUGCGGGGAUGGCUGAGGAGGACAUCACCCGCUUCAUGCCGAAGACGGAGUACACCACUCCCCGCGAACAGACGCGGAACAUGGGCCGCAAGGGCCGCUACGGCUACGGCUACAGCUACGGCUACCCGCUGUACAGCUACGGGUACAGCUACCCGUCCUACAGCUACAGCUACCCGUACUACAGCUACCCGUCCUACAGCUACCCGCUCUACAGCUACAGCUACAGGUACCCCUCCUACAGCUACAGCUACCCGCUCUACAGCUACAGCAGCUACAGCUACCCCUACUACAGCUACAGCUACCCCUACUACUCCUCCAGCUGGUACUGGCGCCGCCUCCGCACCGCCAGCUGCCCCGACUGCCCCCCCGGAGUCAACAUGCCCCCCACCCCCCUCUCCCCCAUGAACACCCCCCUCGCCGGCACCCCCAGCCCCACAACCACCCCCAUGAUGCCCCCCAUGAUGCCCCCCAUGGUGCCCCCCACCCGCACCCUCGGCACCGAGCCCCUCACCAUGGGCAUGGGCCCCAUGCCGGGCUACGGCUACCCCCCCAUGAUGGACACCAUGCCCGAGUUCCCCCCCUUCGCUGAGGGCAUGGGCUACCCCACCGAGCCCAUCAACUCCAUCCCCACCAUGAACAACAUGGACACUCCUUUCGAAAACACCACCAACUACCGCAACCUCGCCCCCAUUGACAUGCCCCCCUUCUUCCCGGAGGCCCCCAUGAGACCCACCCCCACCCCCACCCCCACCCCCACCCCCUUCGGCUUCGGCCCCGUUCCUCCGUAA